CAAAAAUCACAUGUCCAUGCAGACAAUCUUAGACCCACCCAUAUACCCAUCCCACAUGGAAGUGUGAGAAAACAAGACCUGUCCCCACAGCUCUCUCUUUCUCUCUCUUCAUCUCCCUCCUCAUUCAGCUUCAGCUAUGAUUUAAAACUAAACAUCUUCUUGGAAUUUAAUAGUGGGUUUUGCCAACUUUUACUCUCUUUAUCAUUCUUUGGUUCUACACAUGGAUGAUGGACCAUACUUCCAUUCAACAACUAACCAUACAAGCUCUUGUGGGCUGUCUCCGUUUUGUUGUUUAUUGGGCAUUCUGUUAAGGGUAUUUCUCAAGAAUGUCUGUAUUUGGAUCUGGAAAGAUUCCCCCCUCGCUGUGAUGUGUUGUAUUUCAGUUUCUUGAUUGCUUGAAUGUUGUGUGGCAAAGUUGAGGUGUGGUUAUUGGUUGGGUGUUUGUCUUAGUUCUUUGGGUUGUUAUUGUGGAAAAUUGCUUGGUUUAUGCUAUGGAGAACAAGCAAGUUGCUUGCUUUGGCUGAAAGGAUUGGUUUGGGGUAUUGGGCUUUGUUUGUGUUUGUGUUUGAUUUUGUAGCAAAGUGAGAAAUAUUGGGGAAGAAGGGCAUUGUGAAACUUGGUAUUUCUGUUGGAAAAAGCUGGAGUCUUGAUGUGGAGACAAUCCCAGUGAUGCUUAAUCAAGUGAAUUUUGACUAAUAUUCCUGUGAAGGAAGUGCAGCCAGGAUAUAUAUAUAUAUAUAUAUAUAUAUAUAUGUAUAUGCAUAUUUAUGGAAUUGAGAGAGAUUAUGUUAGUCUUUUGCAGCUUGAAAUUCUUGUCCUAAAUUAUCUUAUCUUGGAGGCUUUAUAAUUCUUUGCUACUGAAAACAGGGCAAGUUUUGUUUUGGAAUCUAUUGGUGAUAGUUAACAUGGUGAGCAGCUACACAUCAUAGUAUUUGAAUGUAAUUAGACAUUUUAGAAAGUUGUGGGAGUGGAGAUGGCAGCAAAACUGUUACAUUCUUUGACAGAUGAAAAUCCAGAUUUGCAAAAGCAAAUAGGAUGUAUGACUGGCAUCUUUCAACUGUUUGAUCGACAACAUAUGCUUACCAGUGGUAGGCGCAUUCUUGGCGACAGCCCAAAAAGGCUUCUUCUCCCUGGUAAUUCCCACUUCAGUGGUAGUACUUUGGAACGAGAGUCUGCUAAUGCACAUCUACAAUCUGCAUCAACGGAAAAGCAUUUGAACAAGAACAUCCAAGAAAAGCAAAGAUUCUCCACUGAAUCAUCCAGAGCUUCUUUCUCCUCUUCAUCUCGCUCAUCUUCUUUCUCUUCUCUUGACUGUAAUAGAGCUACUCAAUUGGAACCUGCAUCCUUUGACAGAAUAAUUUUUCCUGAAACUCCUUCAAGAGACCCAACAAUGAGCCUCCAAAAUUCGUCUCCACAAUUUAGUCGUCAAAGCCUUGAUCUUCGUGAUUUUGUGAAGGAUUCCAUGUACAGGGAAGUUCCAGGCUUAUCUAGUAAAGCUAAAACCACAGAUGAGACAGCGGAUCCUAAUAGAGACACGCCAAGACCGAAGUCCAAAAUCAGUAAUGGUUCUCAUGGCUCACGUAUUGACAGACGGCAAAGCGCGCCUGCUGAUCUCAAGGAAUCUGAUAGAAUUAUCACAAAACUUCAAGAACCACCUUGGUAUCAUGAUGAACCUAGAGAACUUUUGAGAUCUUUAUCUUACCAUGCAAAUGAUACGUCAUCAUUUUCAAUAUCAAAAGAUGCCCCUAGGUUUUCUUAUGAUGGAAGGGAAGUAAACCGAGCACCCUUUGACUCACGGGACAUUUCAAAAUCUACCCCAAAGCUUAAAGACCUACCAAGACUUUCAUUGGACAGUCGGGAGGGAUCAAUACGGAGUCUGACUUCUGAUUCCAAAUCCAGCUUUUUCUUGAAAUCCAUGCAGAAGAAUAAUGCUGAUUUUGAUGGUAAAGUUCAGAGUCUGCAACAAACACCUGCAAACCAAGCACGGCCUCCAAGUGUUGUAGCAAAGCUGAUGGGCUUGGAAACGUUGCCUGAUGCUGUUUCAUCCAGUGACGCCAACUCUGGUUCAAGUAGGAAUAGUCGAGAUGAAGGUCUUAUUAAUAUAUCAAGGUCACUUGACAAAAAGGAUCCAAGCCAGAGUCAACUAUCAAAUUCCUCAAAGAACCUGUGGAAAGAGCCUGGCUCGCCGCGUUGGAGAAACCCCGAUUCUUCAAUGAGACCUAUGUCACGAUUUCCAAUUGAGCCAGCACCAUGGAAGCAGAUUGAUGGGACAAGGAGUUCCCAGAAACCAGCCUCCAGAAUAUCGAGAGCUCCAGCCAAGGUUCCAACCACAUUUCCUUCUGUUUACAGUGAGAUAGAGAAGAGAUUGAAGGAUCUUGAAUUCACGCAGUCUGGAAAGGACCUCAGAGCACUCAAACAGAUACUGGAAGCAAUGCAGUCAAAAGGAUUCUUGGAAACCCAGAAAGAAGGACAGGGUUCAAGUUUCACCGGUCGUAAAGACCAUGAUCAAAAACUUUCGAGUUCUAAACAUGAAGACAGAUCAGGAAACAACCGCAAGCUGCAGGCUGAUCAAGUUAUUGCUUCCACAAAGAGGACAACUGGUUCUUCAAGACAUCAUGAGUCUCCAAUUGUGAUCAUGAAACCAGCUAAGCUUGUUGAGAAAUCUGGUAUACCUGCUGCUUCUGUAAUUUCACUUGAUGGCUUAUGUAGUCUGCCCAAACUUCACAACAAUGAGUUUGCUGAUAAUAUAAAGGGUUUCAGCAGCAGAACAACUAAAGAUCCAAGUUCUAGAUCUAGUCAACGGGACAAUGCUGUAAAUUCUGUCAAUCUGAGAAAUGGCACAACCCCAAAAAGCACACAGGUGUCAGCAAGAUCACAACAAGAUGGCACUGCAGGGUUGGGGAAGAGUUCAGGAUCCAUCAGUCCAAGAAUGCAACAGAAGAAACUUGAGACGGAAAGAAGAUCUCGACCACCAACCCCUCCUGAUUCAAGCAAAUCAAGAAGACAGUCAAACAAGCAACAAGGGGAGUCAAGUUCUCCAGGUGGACGACGAAGACCUAAACAUCCCAGCUUUCAGAAAAGUGAUGAUCAACUUUCUGAGGUCAAUGUUGAAUCAAGGAAUCUGAAUUACCAUGAAAAUGAGAAUUCAUUCCAAUCAAAUGAAAGUGUCAUUCGAAGCUCCAUAAACACAGUAGUGGUUAGUUCAGAAAGAUCUCCUGGCAUAAACAGUUGCCAGAGUCCACCCAUGAAGGCUUCUGAUAUGUAUGGCUUGGUAGAAAAGAAAUCUACUCUAACAUUGAGGGAUGAAGAGUCGGCAGAGUUUGGUUUCAUACCUCCUGAGUACUCCAGUCCUGUCUCUGUACUAGCAAAUGUAGUAUGUAAAGACGAUUCACCAUCUCCUAUAAAGUAUGUUGGAAAGGCCCUCAAAGUGGAUGUUUCCAUGGAUGACGAGAGGGAUCCAAAUGCUCUUGAAGGAAGUCCCGCCAAUAGUUUCAUUCCCAUCUCCAUGGAAGCCAGUUCUACAUCUGAAAUCAACCGAAAGAAACUUCAAAACAUCGAAAACUUAGUUCACAAGCUCAAACGCCUCAACUCCUGCCAUGAUGAAGCACGUACAGACUACAUUGCCUCUCUGUGUGAGAAUACUGAUCCAGACCACAGAUACAUUUCUGAAAUUCUAUUGGCUUCUGGACUCCUGCUUAGAGAACUUGGCUCAAGCAUAAAAAAUUUCCAGUUUCAUCCAUCAGGCCAUCCUAUCAACCCCGAGUUGUUCCUCGUCUUGGAACAAACAAAGCCAAGCACUUUACAAGAGGAGCAAUUCAUCACCGAAAAGGCGAGUCUGUCGAUGAUAAAGGAGAAACUUCACAGGAAGCUCAUUUUUGAUGGUGUUAACGAGAUUCUUGCCCGCAAAUUAGCUUCAACAGGUCCAUUUUCAGAGCCUUGGUUGAGGCCCUCUAAGCUAGCUACGCAGACCUUGAACGCACAGAAGCUUCUCAGGGAAUUGUGUUGCGAGAUUGAAGAGCUUCAGGCUAAAAAUCCCGAAUGCAGCUCUGAUGAAGUGGAUGACAGAUUGAAAAGCAUCUUGUGCAAGGAUGUGAUGCGUUGGUCUGAAAGAUGGACAGGUUUUGAUGAGGAAAUCUCGGGUGCUGUCCUCGACAUUGAGCGGUUGAUAUUUAAAGAUUUAGUUAAUGAGAUUGUGAUUGGCGAGUCUUCUGGUUUGAAAACCAAACCUGGCCGGCGUAGAGUCUCCCAGAAGUAGUUUCCAUAUCAUUAUUGAUCAUUCCUUCCUUUGCCAGUUUCUCUCUUGAUUACAAUUACGUUUGUUCAGGUAAAAAUUGAUUUGUUAACAAACUCGCUGCUUUCAUUGUAAAGGAAACCUCUUUUUAUUGGAGUGUAUGCCAUGUUUAUGCAAGUUGACAUAUUUGCUGAGAAUUAGCU